AUGAAUGCUGAGAGUUGCGUGUCGUUCUGCGACCCGUCGGCUGCUAGCAUGGAUUCCUUCUACAACGCCGCCUCGCAAGGCAGCGUCGACGGCUCCUCGCCUUUUAGGGCAUUUCCCGGCAGCGGCGACAAAUUCGGCUCCGCUUUCCUGGCCGGCAAAGGACAAAGCUUUGGAGACAGCGGCGGCGGCGGCGGCAGCAGCAGCAGCAGCAACAACAGCCCCAAGCGCCGGAGCCGCUACAGCCAGGCGGAAUGUCCGUCUCUGGACGGCAGCGGCGCGCAGCAGCCACAGGCUCUCCCGCCGUCGCUGCCUCCGCUGCCUCCGCCACCACCGCCGCAGCCGCCGCCUUUAACAAGUACCACUCAGCAGCAGCAACAGCCGCCGCCGCCGCCGCCGCCGCCGCUCUACGGGCAGCGCGGCUCUUGUAAAAGCCCCCCGAGCAGCAACCUCAAGCUGCAGGACCCCAGCGCCCACAACGGAGCCCUGCAGCUUUCUUGCUUCGCUAAAGAAAGUUCACUUGGAGAGACUGAACUACAGCCAGGAUCUGAUUCUGCUGGAAUGGAUAGUAGUUACCUCAGCGUGAAAGAGACCAGUGCGAAGACGUCUCAAGAGAGGGCAAGUAAUGAUCUUCCCAGUCCAAUGGACAAGACUGAUUCGGAGAGCAACAAGGGCAAGAAGAGGCGUAACCGCACCACCUUCACCAGCUACCAGUUGGAAGAGCUGGAAAAGGUCUUUCAGAAGACCCAUUAUCCAGAUGUCUACGCCAGAGAGCAAUUAGCCAUGAGGACAGAUCUCACUGAAGCCCGAGUACAGGUUUGGUUUCAGAACCGAAGAGCAAAAUGGAGAAAACGAGAACGAUUUGGUCAAAUGCAACAGGUUCGCACACAUUUCUCCACUGCCUAUGAGUUGCCUUUGCUAACUCGAGCAGAGAACUACGCCCAGAUACAGAAUCCUUCCUGGAUCGGCAACAAUGGUGCCGCCUCCCCCGUGCCUGCCUGCGUAGUGCCCUGUGACUCGGUGCCUUCCUGCAUGUCCCCCCAUGCUCAUCCCCACACCACCGGAGGAGUCUCCGAAUUCCUGAGCGUCUCGGGUCCCGGCAGCCACGUGGGGCAGACGCACAUGGGCAGCCUCUUUGGCAGCGCCGGCAUCAGCCCCAGCAUCAAUGGCUACGAGCUGAACGGCGAGCCUGACCGCAAGUCUUCCAGCAUUGCAGCCCUGCGGAUGAAAGCCAAGGAGCACAGCGCUGCCAUAUCGUGGGCAACAUGA